ACUUAUUGUUUUGUUUUUUUGUAGGUGAUGACGACGCCCACAUGACAUGGUGAGGCCGGCAUGAUGCCCCAGGGAGCGGGCUUGAGGGCGUCCUGGCCCUCACAGCCUCCCGCACACUACUCCCGUGAACACCAUCGAGUCAACCCACGUCCACAUUCACUUCCUCGCCUUCUCCUCCUGUUUGUUGUGGCCAUCCCUCUCACGCUGUGCUGGGGAACGUCUGUGGCAUCCAGCUCCGAUUCAUUCAAGUUUUUGAGGGAUAGCUACAAUGUUAAGAUCUAUGAAAAUUCGCUGCCCAUGACUCACGUGUCUGGGGAGGAACUAAUGUGUAUCUCCCUGGACAAUUUGUCACCUUCUAUUCACAUCACAUUUCAUGUUGUUAGCGGAGACACGCAUGGCUUCUUCACAGCUGAGACAGAGGAGAUUGGGGGACUUGCGGUGCUGCAGGUGAGAACUAAAACGGGGUUGAGGGAUGUGCUAAACCGAGAACGAAGCGAACGAUACGAUCUGGUAGUGGAAGCACGAGCUAAGAACCCUGUCCGUAGAGGUGCUCCCCUUAGAGCUAGAACUAAUGUGACAGUGAACGUUCUGGACACCAAUGACAACGUACCUUUAUUCUACCCAACCUCCUACCAGGUCAGUGUGGGCGAAGAUGCCUCCAUCCACACUCCGCUGCUGUCCGUCACAGCCCAUGAUCCAGACGAUGGCAACAACGGUCAGGUAUACUAUCUGCUGGAAGACCACAAUACAGACUUGUUCGCUAUUCAUCCAGUCAGAGGAGUACUAAGCAUAACACGCACACUUUCCUAUACAUAUGGACGUAUACAUACAAUAACAGUUCUUGCCAAAGAUCGUGGACCACAACCACCAAAUAUGCGGGCUUCUAUUGCUGCACGGGCCACUGUAGAGGUGCAAGUUUACCAAGUCAACAUCCAUGCGCCACAGAUCUAUGUGCAGCAUUUGCCACAUGUAGUGGAACAUUCCCACACACAUAUUUAUGCCAUUAUUAGAGUGGAAGACGAAGACGAGGGUGAAAGUGGUCGAGUGGACAAAGUGACGAUUAUAGCUGGUGAUCCAGAUAGACUCUUCAGCAUCACUCGAGGAUCACACUCCAAGGAAUAUAAUCUUGCUGUACUCAAAUUAUUGGACCGAGAAUUAGCUCCAGAGGGUUACAACCUUACUCUUCAGGCUAUUGACUGUGGAACUCCCUCACGCAGAACACGUGUCAAUGUGCAUGUUAACAUCGCCGAUGUCAAUGACCACGCUCCAGUAUUUGCACGAGAACAGUACGAGGAAGCAGUGAGUGAAGAAGCUCCCCCUAAUACUCCCGUCGUAAGAGUGGCAGCUUCUGACACGGAUCAGGGCAUCAAUGGAAGGGUUCUCUUUAGGAUUGUGGCAGGAAAUGAGGACGAAAAAUUUCGCAUAAACCCUCGUACAGGUUUGAUAUCCACUGGUGAUUGGCUGGACCACGAAUUGACAGCAUCCUACAGCCUAACAGUGGCAGCUGUAGACCAAGCAAGUAACGCCCGCAGGAAACAGUCUUCAGCCAAAGUUAUUAUCCGAAUUCUUGAUGCCAACGAUAAUGCACCGCAGUUCAACACUCCCAAUACAGAGGUGACAAUCGACGAAAACGAACCAGUCGGGUCCUACGUGACUCGUAUGCUUGCCACAGAUGCAGACUCUGGAGAGAACCGCUUUCUUUCAUACAGUAUUGCCAAUCUAGAUCAAGUGCCCUUUGCUAUUGAUCCUUUUGAUGGCACAAUAAGAACUUCCUCUGUGCUCGAUUUUGAGGCCCAGCGUCGAGUUUAUACCAUCAAGGUUCGUGCUUCAGAUUGGGGCAGUCCCUACAAGAGGGAGACGGAAACAACAGUAAAAGUAAAAAUUCGUGACGUAAAUGACAAUCGACCACAGUUUAUGGGUGUUGACUGCAAAGGAUGGGUUUCCAUUGACGCUCCCGUUGGAACAAGUGUACUCACCCUCUCAGCAUUGGAUCUGGACAAUGGAAGCAGUGUUAUCUAUAGACUCCAAAAUGACAUGGAUGAAGAAUGCUGGUCUGUCGAGAGUUCAACGGGCGUGUUGGCUCUUACUUGUGAUCUAAGAACGUCAUUACCUCAUGAUGCACCAAAGACAUACCUUCUAAACGUAACGGCCUCUGACGGCACUCACAUGUCAGAUGCGACUGGUGUGACGAUUACAGUCAUUACCAAACGCACGGAGGAUCAUCCUUCUCUGAAACGGCACUCACAUGUUGAGUGUCACGAGACAGGGAUCGGUUCUAAAGCAGCGGAAGUGAAAGCUGCAGCAGCAGAGAACAAUGCAGCUGAGGAACACUACGCCUUACUACCACUGCGCUAUGGUUACAAUUCUCACAAACCUGAGCUGCCAGAAGAAUUCCCAAGCAUUGUGAAGGUUCGUGAGGACGUGGACAUUGGCACAGAGUUACUGACAGUGGCAGCAAAAGAUCAUGACCGAGGGCACAACGGGCGUGUUGUGUAUGCUGUUUCUAAUGGUGAUACGGAUUCAGUAUUUAGAAUAGGCUUUGAAACAGGCAUCGUGCAAGUUGUGGCACAGCUUGACCGUGAAAGGACUCCAGAGUACACUCUUAACAUAACUGUGUAUGACCUCGGAGUUCCUCACAGAAGUGCUUCAAGAAAUCUUACAGUCAGAGUCAUAGAUGUGAAUGAUAAUGCUCCAGAAUUUAAUCGUGUAAGCUAUAGCCUCCAUCUCCCUGAGAAUACUCGAAACGGAACCAGCGUAGCUCAGCUGAGUGCCCAAGAUGCUGAUGAAGGGCUGAACGCUCAAGUGACGUACGAACUGGUAUCUGAUGUAGAUGAAUUCAAGGUUGACAAAGUAACUGGGGUGUUGUAUAUGCUAGGUGGGCUUGAUCGUGAGCGGCGCAGUGAAUAUGAUCUACGAGUGAGGGCGUGGGACAGUGCUCCAGAGAAUCCUCAGUCAGCGCUGGCUAGAGUGAUGGUAACAGUCCUUGACAUCAAUGACUGUCCUCCUGAGUUUGGUGCUGCUCGCAGUCUUAAGGUUGACAUCCCUGAAGAUCUGCCAGUUGGAGCUGUGGUAGCAACACUCCAAGCUACUGACCAGGACAUGGGUUCAGGUGGACAGUUAACAUACAGUCUCACCAGUGAUCAUGGGGAUGUAUUUCGUAUUGACGCGCAAACUGGUAUCGUUAGACUUGCGGAGGCCCUUGACUAUGAGACAAGACAAUCGUACAAUGUGACAGUUCGUGCUCAGGAUGGAGGUAUACCAACUCUACAUGCCCACGCCAGUCUUCUUGUGCGUGUUCAUGACGUGGAUGAGAAUCUGGGCCCUCCAAGAUUCCCACAACGGGUGCUGAGAGGCUGGGUCAAGGAAAACCUAUCCCCCGGUGCCGAAGUCAUCACCCUCAAGGCACGGGAUCCAGACAAUGACCAGCUCGUGUACACAAUCACCGGGGGAGACGGAGUGGGCUACUUCUCUGUUGACAUGCAUGGCGUGAUCCGCACGGUGGUGUCCCUGGACCGAGAGGCGGCUCGGGGCUACUGGCUGGCUGUGGUGGUGUCCGACGGGGGAGCGGCACCACUCACUGACACCUGCCAUAUUUUCGUCGAGGUGGAGGACGUGAACGACCACAUCCCUCAGACGGAGGAACCAGCUUACCACACCUUCGUGUCUGAAAAUCUCUCUCCUGAUACCUUUGUUCUCACUCUUGUGGCAUCUGAUGGGGACUUGGCUCCUUCUAAUAUUUCCUUCGCCAUCACUAAAGGCAACGAGGAAGCACAUUUCAAGAUCAACCCACAGACCGGCGUUAUCAGCACGCUAGUCCCUCUGGACAGGGAGGAGCAAGCUGAGUACGAGCUAUGGGUAAUGGUGAGUGACGGUCAGCUGUCUUCCGUCACUCCAGCAUUCAUCACAGUGAGCGACGAGAACGAUAAUCCUCCGGAACGCUUAUAA